GGAUUUGUUGGUAAAUUUGUUAUACUUAUCCAAAGGAAAUUCAGUGCCAAGAGAAAUAUUAGAAUUAUUUUGUGAAUUUUCCAUCGGUACACCUAACUUAACGUUAGCGUAUCUGAUAUGGCAGUGAAAGAAAACAAGUUUCUGAAUAAAGAAGAAUCGCCUUCGAAUGUAGACGGAGAAUGAGGAUGGAGUCGGAGAAAAGACAUAAAGAAAAUAAAAAAACGGGCAUGCCAAUUUCAUUCUACGUACCUGAAUAGCAUUUGUGUGUACUUUUACUGGAAGUAAAAUGAUCUUACCUGGACAUGCACAGUUUCCCAUGCUGUUUAAUAUGAAGUGCAAUAACAAUCAUAAAUACACGAUAUUGAAAACACGAGUUUAAAGACGUGUUAUGUUGUCGGUAUUUAAAUUUGACAACACUUGUAUUUAGUACGAAUAACGAUAACUUUUUCAGCAUCUCUUAAUAUGAAUAUUUUCUUUGAAUGUACUGAGUCUGCAAGUACUCCUUUACGAUAUGCUUGCAUAAACAAGCUUUAUCGAGGUUUCCAUUCUUUCGAUGCAUGAACAUGUGAUCACAAUGGCAAUUGAUGUUAACAUAUUUCUAUACAUACAUACAUACAUCUGCUAAUUCCGCUCUAGCAGCUGCAAUCCGCCAAAGACAACAAUAUAAAAAAGAUUAUGAUGAUGAUCAUUAAAGCAAGAUUUAAUGAUGUUUUGUGAGCAAUCUAAUAGUCACCCAGUCGACUAAACAACAAGUUAGUCAGUCGGAGGCAACAUACUUUAAAUACAAAUUUACACAACACACUUUAAUUGCAAGCGCAACUGGAGAAGUAGCUACUUAAAGAGGAAUAAACAACAGGAAACUUGAAAAUCCAACCGCAAUCAGCUACGUGCAAGCGUGUAAGAGAGAGGAAAUAUUUCGAAAACUGUAAAUUUGGACAUGUCAUGUCAGCAAGUAUCACGACUCAUUACAACAGCAACAACGUCAGUUUCAUCUGAAGAUCAGGAUCCGUAUGUGUUCACAGAAACAGUGCCAACAACGCCACCCAUUUUAUUUAACACACAGAAAACGCGAAGCAGAGUAUUCAUAGACGCACAAGCAGUAACGUCAACAUCAACACCAACACCAACACCAACACCAACGCCAACGCCAAUACCAACACCAGCUGUAACUACAACAGCCCCAACCAUAGCAAUACCGACGGCGGCUACACUAACCCUCGUCACAGCCACCGCUAUCAAACGACCGCAAACAGCAAUAGUUACAACCAACGCAAAAUUAAAAUUCAAUCAGAAACUGCCAUUGGGACCAUUGAAUGGAAAUAAUACAAAAACGCAGGCGGUAUCGACGUUGGCUGCUGCAACGGCCCACAAUGGGCCCACAGCAGCAACAACGGCAAAAACAGUUUUGCCUACAGCUGUGAAAACUACAAAUUCGCUAUCUCAGAGGCAACAGCAGCAGCAGCAGCAGCAGCAUCAGCAUAAGAAAGCUCUGAAUGUGUGUAUAGUGCGACCGCAGCAACAACAACAACAGCUGACUACAACAGUGCGACCGCACUAUAAAGCGCAGCAGCAGCGAAAGCAAGUAUCAUCGCCACCUCCAUUACUGCAACACACACCGUCGCUAUGGCAGACGCCAUUGCUUCUGAACACAGCAUCUGCCGUGGUAAGCCCACCGACAUCACCCGCAUCGUUGCCCUCCCCGCCACUGGCGACCGCUUUUACGCCCGCGCCAGUACCAUCGCCGACUGCUGCUGCCACGGCAAUGGUCAGUCCGCUGGUUGCAGUAUCAGCGGCCCCAUUGCCACCAUCUAAAUUCCAUCAUAACACACUGGCACAGCAUUUGCAGAAAGUAGAAUGCAUUAAAAAGCCAAAGAAAUCGAUUGCAGUCGUCGAGUUUCAAUCACAGCAAAAUAUUCAGGAACAGCAAGCAGUAUUGAAGCCACAACAGUCGCAGCAGCAGCAGCAGCGAUGUGAUGCAGGCACCAGAACUGUCGUUGUGCAGCCGACGUCAGCGCUACUGCACACACAUGUGACCCAAAAACCCCAAGCACAGGCGAAAAUGAAUAAGCCCAUUGUAGCCACAACUUCUGCUCCGCCCCCAUUGCAGGCAAUUCAGGCGGUUUCACCACCACAACAUUCCGAUUCCGAUUUGAAUGAAAUUCCAGUGAAUGUUAUAUUUCGCAAGCCUCAAGCGAGCGAGAUUUUACAUUCACAACUCGGUGACAGCGUAAGUGUGACUGCCUUGGGCAAAGCUGUAAGUCGCAGCAGCGGUGAAAGUGGUAAAACAAUGGUAAAUAGCAGGAGUUCUGCAGUGGAAGCAUUCAAAAAGAACACAACUUAUAUGAAAGCGAAGAACGUAAAAAUUAUCUCAUCCAACAUGCAGUCAAAACCAGCGUCUGCUUCAGCUGUGCUCACAGAAACUGCAGCAGUGACACCGCCGAGUUUGCGGCCCGCUCCUCAUGUGCUACGUGACAUUGUUUUCACGCACCCUGGUCCCGCGAAAAUUACACAGAGUAACGAUGCUUUUACAACACCUGCCCACACAUAUAGUGCACCUUACCAACCACCUGCAGCUAUGCCUAAACCGCAGCAAAAUAUGUCUUCCAUGGCAAAGCCACCACCGCCUCAACCGCCACAACCGCUAAAUUAUGACACUACAUCCCCUGCUCAAUAUGUGCGUAAGCCAGUGACAGGUGUUAAAAACAUCCGUGCAGAAGAGAAGUGCGCGCAGAAGAUUACAGAUGCCCACAAAGUAAUGGCUGCGGUCAAAGCCAAUACGGCUGCUGUGAAACACGUGCCCAAACCAAAAGCAACUGCCACGCCAACGGUGUCGAGAAGCAACAAUGCCUUGCCAACGUUCAUAAAAAAGCGCAGCCGCAAAAUGGGGCCAUUGCAUUCAGCCUGCGAUAACCAAAUGCUGACAAAUGGCACUACUUUAAUUGAAAGUAGCAGCAAUGGACAAAACAAAGGUAAUUGCCGCGCUGUGGCCGUGGUGAAGAUGGCCACUGCAGAAAUUGAAGCCGAUACAACUUUGUUGGCAUCCGCCACAGUACUCCCGUAUUGCAUGCAAAAACAUUGGUUGUAUAUUACCCGCGAAAUACAGUUAGUUGGAAGCGUUUGUGUGGUUGCAACGGCAACCGGCAAAGGUGUUGGCAAUUUGGAUGCAAGUUUAGCGCCGACAGCAAGUGAACGUGAGUCGCGCAUUACGCAGAGAAAAACGCUGCUGCGACGUCAAGCGUUACAACUGCUCUCCACACAUUCGUUGCAAAAGUUGCCAAUGCAGGCAGCCAAACGUCGGUUGAUGUGCGUUGAUCGUUUGUUGCAAAAGUACGAACGUCAUGGUACAGAUGACAUAACUACCCACAAUAAGUGCAAUGUUGUUGGCUGUAGCAAGAGCGUCCUUGAGAUGGCACUACAAUGUGAAGACCACAUUGUGGACAAUAUAUCGCAGCACAUUUUCUUGCCGUGUACGGCGAAAUUCGCCGAUAAUACCCAAUGCCGUAUACCCGUUUUUGACGUAAUACACGACCUGCCCUUAUGCCAGGAGCAUUCGCGUAAGCGUGACGCUUACAAUCAGAACGUGCACGACCAACAGGCAGGGAUUCAGAAAUUGGCAGAUUCCGCUAUUGCCACAACCCAACCUUCUUUGGAUUGUGAUGCAGGCGAUUUGCUGCUGCAGUUACAAAAAAUUCAACACAAACAUAAGCAGCAGCAGCAACAACGACAGAUUUAUAAACAACAGGACCUAUAUGAUACCGUUGGGAAGAGCAAAAAAUCUGGCAAUGCAAAAGUGACGGCUACGCGUAAACGUAAGGCACCGAACGCAGCAGCAACAGUCGGGCGACCACAAAAGCGACCACGAAAAGUGGGAGUGAAUGGGACGCCGACAACGCCGGUCGUAGCCGCAGCUGUAGUGCCGCUACAAUUGACAUCAGCAGUGCUUCAGCGCAAAAGCAGCACCACUUCGCUAGAAUCAAUAGCAAGUAAUUCGCAAUCGUCUAAUUCACAGCCGCAUUACAUUUCCUCGAAUAUGAAUGCUCAAGUUCAGGGGAAGAUCGCAAUGCCUGCACUGGCACCACUCAGCGGACGCAAUGCUCCAGUCGUAAGUAGCACUGUGUCGCCGGUAUCUGCUCCGAAACGCAAGCUCAACUUUAGCACUGUGAGCGGCAGCGAUAAUGGGACAACACUAGCAGGCAGUGAUGUUAUGUCUCAAGAUUUGAAACCACAUGAAAUUAACCAAUUAGUGGCACAGUUCUCCGUUGCAGUGAACAAUAAUAAUAAUAACAACACGAACAACAAUGAAAAUAGCAACAGUCUGAAUGCAUACAGUAACAGUAGCAUUAAUAACUGUUAUAAUUAUAUCAGUGCAAAUUGUGAUUCCAACUUCACAUCGGCACUGGGCUCGUCUUCGUCGUUGCCUUCAUCAACAGAGGAAUUAUUCCGCCAAGAGUUGCUAAGUGUUUGCGAAAAUAGCUCAGCAUAUGCCAGUUCCGAGGAUACCGGAUUGGGUGGAUUGAGUGAGACAGAACUGAUGGUGGGCCCCAAUGAUGCAGACGAUAUACCGCUGGGCGACACACGGCUACUAGAGGAGCAUGAUCUAGCAAAUGUGCUUAGUGCGCUACCGGAAGAUGCAUUCAAUGAAUUAUUUACAGCAGUGCAUCAAGAAGAGCGCGAAGAAGUCGAACGAGCACUCGAAUUGGCUGACAAACAUUUAAAAAGUUUACAACAAACCAUCGGUUCAGAUAUUCAUUUCUUAGAAGAUUUUCCAGGCGACGACGAGAUCUUGGCAGAUACUGAUGCUAUGUGCAGCAAAAUGGAUAUUGUGUCAUCGGUGAUGGGCUCGCCAGACGCCACAUCCGGCAUUGACACUUCAACACUGUUUAUUGACAGUGGUAGCAACAGUGCAGGAGGAGGAGGAGGCGGAAGUGUACACUCGAACAAUAUCGCUGACAUACGAGGUCUUGUGCAAACGUAAGUUUUGGGACCAAUUAACGGCGGUUGGUGGCCGCCGCUUAGGAAUAUGUGUCAAUGGAAACUAAAGGAAUAUAAAUGCGUAUGGCGUUUGGGGAAUGUAAAAGCAUUCUUUUGAAUAAUGAAAAAAAGAUAAAUGAAAAAAAUAAAAGCAAAGAAAACAAAGAAAAUGGAAGAAAAAUUAUAAAAGUAAAAAAUUAAAAAGAUAAUAGUAAGCUAUUUUGUAAAAAAACAAGGGUUGGAUUAACAUUUUAGCAGUUCGAGCUGAUAUUAAUUUCUUUUUUAUAUUAUUUUAUAUAUGUAACGAAUGAAUAUAUAUAUAUAUAGGUAUACAUAUAUAUGUAUUGUACAUGUCUAUGUAUAUAAGUAUAUAUAUAUGAGUAUUGUGUAUAUAUAAAGCUAUAGUUUUUAUUGCGUUUCUACUUGACUUUAGGAAAAGUGCUGCGAAAAUGGUACACGCGCGAAAUGCUGGAAUGUUUUUAAAGUCCUUACUUCUAAUUAUUAAUAACGAUAUAAUUUAUAUAUAAUUAUGCUAACUAAUACAGAUAUAUAUAUAUGUAUAUGUAAAUAUAUAUACACAUAUAUAUAUGUUUGUAAGGAGAAGCGCUAUAAUAGGCGCUAAACUCAUACUGAAAUUCAGCGUUUAAAUUUCACAGACGAUAUACAGUUCGUACAUACAAACCGUUGGCAUAUAACGGUAUACAAGUAUGCUAUACAAUGGAAAAAAUAUUCAAUGGUAACAUCAGAAACAAUAAAAUAUGCAAAGAAUGAGAAGAAAAAAAAUAACGUUAAUCGUUGCACUCAGUGAAAAAUCACUGCAACAAACGUUAACUUACUUGAUUUAGGAAGUAACAUCGUAAGGGUGAAUACUGUAACUUGGUGAAAUUAUGGGAAAUAAAAAAGAGCAUACGAAACUUAAUGGAAAAAUUAGAAAAGCUACCGGACAUGUAAGGAAGAAGCGAAAGGAUACCAGUAGCUUUAUAAAUUGAGCGAUUUCUUUUGCUUUUAAUAAGUGAGUAAGUGUUAGGAAUGUUGUAACAAAGCAAAAAAAAAAAAACAAAAAAAUGUACAUCCAUAUUCAUUAUUGAAGUGGGUUGGGUUAGUGUUUAAUGGAUGUUCAUGAAAAAUGUUGCUGAUAAAAACUUCGUUAGCACCUCUAUAUAAAUUAGUUUGAAAGCUACUACGUCUGGUUCUUUGUUAUUGUUAUUUUUUUUUUUUUUUUUUUUUUUUUUUUGUUUGUUUAAGCUGCACUACUCGAAAAUCGCAUAACCAGUUCUUAACAUUUGCUCUGUUUACUAAAUCAAAAGAUUUUGUCAAUUUGAAACUUUUAGACUCGUAAAAACAACUGAAAAGUGCGUUUAAUUUCAAGUUGCACUAAAAAGAAACAUUGAAAGAAAAUCUUAGCAAAAAUGCACAUGCGUAAAUUUAAGGCACAUCGAAAGACGAAGAAAAAGAAGAAACAAAAAACAACAACAGCUAUGCAAAACUGUUGGCUGACUAACUUUUGUUUGCUUUUCUUUGCAAUGCCGUCCAAAGUGUGAUUUUAUAGCGCACCCAAAGGCAUCGCAAACAACUGUGUUGGACUGAUGAAACAAAAAAAAAAACGUCUGCUGAUAAAAUUAAAACUGAAAGUGUAAUAAUAACCGAUAACCCAUUAGACAACCCCGUAUUGUAUUAUUAUAUAAAUUAUACUAUGAAUAUAUAUAACUAUUGUAUAUGUAACUACUACUUUAAGAAAAUGCUUUAUACACUUUUAAAUUUUAAAAAUUUUGUUUUUAUUUUUACUCUUAAUUUUGGUUUUCUUAUUUCCUCAACAAGCGAUUAACUUCUAUGUAUGUACUAUAUUUAUCUAAAUUUAAAAUUGGAAAAUGUUUUAUUUUAUUUUUUUAUUUGAAUAUGUGUGUAUUUACAAUUUAGUGAUAAAUGGCUUUAGUUAAAUGUAAAGUAAAAACAAAUGUGAAACCGAAAGUAAAGAAAAUAUGAACAAUGAGAAAUUGAUA